AUGCCCUCCAGUCUGGAGAGGUUUGCCUGCUUGGUGCAGGAGCUGGUAUAUCUGGAGGACCCCCUGCAGGUUGGCCUUGGCACAAGGAGAGGGGUGGACCUGUUUGGGAGCCUGCAGAUCCAGUCCUCGCCACCUUAUGAGACCUACAAUAUCACCUGCUUUCUUGACAUCCUGAGCCCCGCAGGGCCCCAAGGAAUCAACCACAACUUCCCCUGCUUUCACCAGAUGUGUCCCUGGUUGACACCUCUUCUCAUGGGCCAGCCACAUUGCACUCCGCCUUCAAUGGAUCGAUCAUACGAUAGAAUCCAAGAUGACGCAAUCAAAAAGGAACGACCUUACAAGAUCUUUUUCAAAGAUCUCUUCCUAUUCAAAGAAAAUGAAAUGGCUGCAAAGAAAAAGGAAAGACUCAUGAGCCGCAGCAUGAAAAUCUACCAAAAGACUACGUUUUCAUCUCGGAUGAAGAGUCGCUCACACCUCGGCCAGCUGACUUUUUAUGCUGAAGCAGGUGGCGGUUCCUACGAAAGUCUGGGGCUGGAUCCCACUCUUAUUCUGAGACUGACAGAAGGCGCGGACAGAAAGAGGACUGUGCACGAGUUUAUUAAUGACCAGAGAGACAGAUUUCUACUUGAGUAUGCAGUCUCAACCAAGAAAAACACAAUUCAAAAGUUUGAAAAACUCAUAGCCGGGAAAGAAAAUCAACUCAGAAAAGCCGAGAAAAAGCUCCAAGCUGAUGCAAUAUCCUUUGAAGAGUUCCUUCGAGAAAAUGACCAGAGAUCGGUAGAUGCUCUUAAAAUGGCAGCCCAAGAAACAAUCAACAAACUCCAAAUGACAACAGAGCUCAAGAAAGCAAGCAUGGAAGUCCAAGCGAUAAAAAGUGAAAUAGCAAAAACUGAAUUCCUCCUCAAGGAGUAUAUAAAAUAUGGAUUUUUCCUGCUGAAGUUGUCUCCGAAACACUGGCAAUUGCAGCAAUCACAAAAAAGAGCCCAGGCAGCAAAGAGUACCCCCGUUCUCCCAAGACUCUUAGAAAGAUUCUCGGUAAGUUCAAGUAAAAGAGAUGGCAGCCUUGACUCGGACCAGCUAUCUUUUUCGGAAGAGCAUAGUUCAAGAAAAGAGAGCCAAGGUGAGGACCAAGGCCCAUCUACUCUCGGCACAGACACCAGGAAGAACUCCAUCUUCAAUCCGCCUGAAAGCCUAACUUCAGAGGACAGUUUGGAGCUCUUUCUGGAGGACGAGACACUGGAAUUUGAUCUGAUACCAGAGAUUUACUUCAACGAGCCAGAAGAGUUGCUGUGGGUCCUCAAAGAGCUGGAGGAACAGAAUCUCACCUUGGUCCAAUAUUCCCAAGAUGUGGAUGAGAAUCUCGAAGAUGUCAACAAGAGAGAAAAAUGUAUACAGGACAAGAUAAACAACAACAUUGAGUUCCUGAUGGAACACAAGCAGAUGCUUAAGGCGAACUGUGAGCGGGAGGAGGAAAAGGCAGCGGAACUGGAGCUGAGGUCCAGGCUCUUCAGUUUUGGAGAAUUCAAUUCGGAGGCUCAGGAAAAGCUGAUAGACUCCCUUAGUAAAAAGAUUAACCAAGUAUACAGAGUCUGCAUCGGAGAUGCUGAGGUCGGCAGCCUGAAUGCAGUUCAAAAACUGGUCAAAGUCGAGUCUCGCCUGGUGGAACUGAGUGACCUCAUUGAGUCUGUCCCCAAGGAAAACGUGGAAGCAAUUGAAAGGAUCAAACAGAAGGAACGCCGGCAAAAGUUGCGUGAAGAGAAGGUGAAGGAAAAGCAAAGGUACCAGGAGGAGCGGCUCAAAGCCGCUCUGGAACGAGCGGUGGCACAACCCAAGAAGAAGCUGGGAAGACGACUGGUCUACCGUUCGAAACCUCCAUCUGCUAGCAAACAGGAGCUCCUUUUAGUCAGUGAUACAAGAACAAAGUCACUGGAGGAAGAGUAUUUCUUUAGCUGAACAGGAGCAUGGAGAAAUUUAACUAGCAAACGUUCUAUGUGAACGUUGGCGUUCAGUGAUGCAAUACUGUCCUAACAAAUUCCAGGAAGGCAGACCUUUCUCCUGAAGUUUGUAGUAGGAAUGGCAACUGUUUUCUUCUGCUAGAACUAUUACUCACUAGUAUCAUUCCAUUGUAUUUUAAGAUGUCCCCUUUGGAUACACACAUCCAAAGUCAAUUCAUUGAUAUAAUUACACGAAGCAUGACUUAGAGCAGAAUGGCCUCCCUCAAAGCAUGAGAAUUUUAAUCAUAUUUCUAAAGCAAUAAGGAAGUUCAUGGCUAUGAAUAUACAUUUUAACAAUGUACUCUUCUUAGAACUGGACAGGUUUAAAAAGUACCAACUGUAGACUAUGGUCUCAGAUCAUGAGACUGGUUAUUUCACGUUAAGCUCGGAAAACCUUCCAGAAAACUUCAUUCAGUGAACAAACCAUACACCUUCAGUCUCAGAGUCAGUUUGUAUUACGUUCUAUCUCCAUAAUAUUCAAUUUUCAUGUUUUGACUUAGCUACAAUAUGUUAUUUAGUCUAUGUUGAUAUAGAAAUAAUUUAUUAAUACAAUAUAUAUAAAUACUAAGAAAAUGUUUAACUUUAUGCAUGUUAGAAGUGGUUUGGAAACCUUAACAGCUACUUUUAAAAGGUCUCAGUUAAUAAAAUUACAAUGGCUGAAACUCACCCUCAGAAAAAUUCUAAAGCAUAAACUUCUUUAUUCUUCAUAGAAAAAAAUGAAAACAGUAAGUUUAUAAAAGUCACCU